CUCUCUCUCUCUCUUCUCUCGCUCUCUCUCUCAAAUAAAAAGGCCUUCAAUAUUGAUACAAAAGAAUAUACAAUUGGGACUUAUGAGUUGUGAAAUUCUGUAGUGGGUUUUCUUGUUUCAUUUUCAUGUAUUAUUCAGCUGCCAAUAACAACAGAAGAAGAAGAUCAAGAAUAAUAUGGAGGUGAUGGAAUCAGAUCAUGUUCAUCAUGCAAUUGAAGAGCAACAAGAACAACAGCAUUUUCAUGUCUUGGCUGUGGACGACAGUCUCAUAGACAGAAAGCUCUUGGAGAGGCUCCUUAAGGUUUCUUCAUACAAAGUGACUUGCGUAGAUUCCGGAGACGAAGCUCUGAAGUAUCUGGGUUUGGUUGAUGAUGACGUGGACAAAAAUUCUCCUGCUUCUAGUUCUUCAUCGUCUUCCCCACAGUCACCGGCACAAGAUGGAUUAAAAGUCAACUUGAUCAUGACGGACUAUUGUAUGCCCGGGAUGAGCGGGUAUGAUUUACUUAAACGCGUCAAGGGAUCUUCUUGGAAAGACGUACCAGUUGUAAUCAUGUCAUCAGAGAAUGUACCGGCCAGAAUCAGCAAAUGCUUGGAAGGAGGUGCUGAGGAGUUUCUCUUAAAACCUCUUCAGUUAUCAGAUCUAAAGAACCUUGAGCACUACCUUCUCAAACCCCUUCACCAUUCUUGCCAAAGCAACAUAAUUUCCGACAUAGCAGCGGAAGACGACGGCGUUGAUAGCAGCGACGACAACAUUAAUAACGACAUCAUAGACAGUAAAAGCAGCAGCAGCAGCAGCAACAACAACAACAGUAUUAUCAAUAAGAGGAAGGCAGUAUCUCCAGAGCCGUCGGAGAGAAGACCCAGAGCCAAAGGAUUAGCUGUCGUAUGAAAAAGUUAAUUUAAGGAGAGUACUUUUCAAAGGCGGUCGUGGGUGAAAAUUCAUCAAAGUCACGCUAUAUCUGAAUCCCAAUAUAUGUAUUAUCCGGUGACGUUCCAAUAUCAUGUCACUUUGGAGAGUAUAUAGGUAUAGCUUUAGUUAAAUAUAAUAUGUUUGCGCAGUUUUUUUGGCGGCCAAAGUUUUUUUUUU